AUGGAGUCUCCUGAGACCUUCAUGAGAAAAUUGCCCAUCACACCAGGAUACAGUGGCUUCAUACCAUGGCUCAGUUGCCAAGGAAGCCCCAACGAGGACCAAAUGAAUCAUUGUGUGAAAGCCUUCCAGGAGAGGACGCAGAGAUACAAGGAGCAGCAGCAGGAACUGAACUGCUGUGUGGCUCGCACCCCGGUCCUGAAGCCCAUCUGCUCCGAGGACACAGUGCUGUGGACGCUGCAUGAGUAUGCCAAGAAGUAUCACCCCCUGACUCUGGAAUGCAAGAAUGUGAAAAAACCACUGGACGAGCCCCCCAUCCCUGGCUGGGCAGGCUUCUUACCCAGAGCCAGGGUCACUGAAUUUGGCUGUGCCACAAGGUAUACCAUCAUGGCCAGAAAGUGCUACCAGGACUUCCUGGAACUGGUGGAGCAGGCCAAGAGGGCACGACGGAAACCUUAUGAUCAAAUAUAUAGUGUGAGCUCCGCACAGCCUUCUGAUGCGUCUCCAAAAGUCUCACAGCGCCACGGUCUCCCACCUGAAUACCAAGACUCCUCUGUGCCAGGUCAAACAUCCCCAGGUGAGGACUUCCGAUCUCCUGGAACCUGUGGCUGUGCUCAGUGGUCCAGUCUGUCAUGCAGCAGGAAUGUGUAUGGGGAACCCCCAUCCUCAGCAAGGAAAUUUGCCGAGGGAUAG